GUACGUCAAUCUUAGGUAAAAUUCAGGGGUUAUUUAGACUUACCCUCAAGAGUAUGUUUAUUAGGCAUUAUCCAAAAAUUAUGACCAGCUGUUUGAAAAGCUCCACAACAUAAGUCGCGAUUUACUCUAAGUACCUAAGGUAUUAUCGUGUACAUUAGCUUCAUUCCGCCGAAGAUAACCAAUACUCUUCGGAUGAAAAUUCGAGUUCCGACCCACGCCGAACAUCCCUCGACUCAAACCCGCUUUGCCAUGCAAUUUUAGUGUUCGCCAAUGUGUUCCACGAAGAGUUCUACGUAGGAUUAGGACAACCGCGCGACCUUCCGCUCUGUCCGGUGCUACUCGAUAAAGCAUCAAAAAUGUACUUCCUCACGACGUUGGCUGCCUAUGCCGCCCCAACGUUCCUGAUAUUGUCGCCUAUUUUGUCAUACUCCGAUCAGGCAAUCUCUAUGCAUAAGAACAGAUCAAGUGCAGGUUUCUCACUGGAUAUUCCUCUGAUCAUGCUUGUCGCAUCAAUAUUCAGGAUCUUUUAUUAUCCGGGUGCGAGAUUCGAUGUAGCGUUGCUGAUCCAGUCAUUCUGCAAUAUCUUCAUCCAACUUAUCCUGCUAAAGAUUGCUCUCGAUCACCGUCCGCCGCCGUCGUCAAAAGGAGGUGAUGCCGCCCUUCCUUUCGCAGGCGCACAGGAUGGAUUCGGGGGAUUUCAGCGACCUUACAAUUUUUGGCAAUGGCGGUCACCGAAACCCUAUUGGCAAUUUCUAUUGUCGUUGUUUAUCAGCUUGACUGUACUCGAGCUGUUAUUAGCACCAUUCAAUUCGGUCUACUCUGGAUAUUCGGAUUUGAUAGGAUAUAUCGGCUUGUCAGUCGAGGCGACGCUGCCGAUUCCGCAGCUCGUUGCUAACGCACGCUCGCGAUCUUGCAAAGGCUUUCGUUUUUCCGUAUUAGCAAGUUGGUUGGUUGGAGAUGCCAUGAAGAUGUUUUGGUUCUUUACGUCUACCACUUCAAUUCCAGUGGCGUUUAAGCUCUGUGGAAUCUUCCAGGCUGUCUGCGACUCCCUCAUCGGCGUCCAGUACUUGAUGUAUGGCGACCAGCAACCUGCGAUAAAACCGCAGCAGGGAUGGACAUAUUCCGGUGUAAAGCCGCAUCUACAUGUAACUGGGAGAGAAACGCCGACAGGGAGAAGGACACCCCUUGGGGAGAAGACAAUCUGAAUAAUGACUAUAAUACUAUUAAAACGGGUGUGGCCUGGUAUGCCUGUGACUGUAUAUAUGGCAUAUGACCGUAGUUGCAGUAAUAAGUGUGGUAGUACGAUCGAAUCUUGAAGUCAAAAACAUGGAACUUCACCGUAAGGCUACUAGAUUUUCUUUCUUGAAAAGUGAUGAAACUACAGCCGUAGUUACUAAAACAAUUACAUGUAAGAAUUGGGG